GAGUAUGAUGGCGUUUGGCAAUUUAGCUCAUUUGCUUUCCUAAAACUUACAGGCUAAGGAAAUGAACUGCGCUCGGACAGCUUUUAAUCUGAUGCUGCUCUCAUUUGAACCCCAUUUCUCCCCACAGAGCCCGUCUUCGGCCGCCCUACGGCACUUCGGAUACCUUGACCCCCAACAGCUUAGAAUUCAAGUUCUUACUUCAAAUGUACCUUUUCCUUCCCACCAAAAAAAAAAACAAAUACUGUCAUCUGAGAAAAAGAAAUAGACCCGAAACCUUCACUAUUCUUCUGCUUUUCCUUUUGCUUUCCAAAAAUCAUAAUCAAAACACCUUUGCUUUGGAAUCAACCUUCGGAUUACUCGUGAGGGGCCGCUUCCGUGCAGUUUCCCGCGACAGGGAAGUGAAAAAGGGACUUAUAGGAUGAAGCUGGUGGUAGAAGUCGUGGACGCCCAUGAUCUAAUGCCCAAGGACGGUGAAGGAUCAUCUAGUCCAUUCGUUGAAGUUGACUUCGAUAACCAACGCAGCAGGACCAAGACCGUGCAUAAAAACCUCAACCCCACCUGGAACCAGACGCUUUCCUUCCGGCUUGAUGACCCCAAGAGCCUGAACAACCGCACCAUUGAGGUGUGCAUCUACAACGAGCGGAGGACAUUCCCCACCCGCAAUUUCCUUGGGAAGGUAAGGAUCCAUGGCUCCAAUAUAGUUAGAGAAGGAGAGGAAGUCUUACAAAGAUUCCCAUUAGAAAAGAAGUGGUUUUUCUCAUCUGUGAAGGGUGAGAUCGGCCUGAAAAUUCACAUUUCAACCAAACCCAUAUCCGCACUUCCACCUGUUUCUGAUAAUUCUACUGCUGCUGCUACUGAUAUUGUUACUAAUACUACUACUAUCAGUGCCAAUAAAACCGCUGCCACUGCUGUUGACAAUAACAGCACUGAUACUGGUGUUGUUGCUGACGCUACUACUGCGACGGCUGCACCAGCUCUUCCUGAUACCACAACUGCUAGUGCUGCACCUGCUGUUGCUGAUACUCUCACUUCUGUUGCUGCUGCUGACAAAACUACCGCCUCCACUCCACCUAAAGAAGCAGUGAAGAUCAAGGAACCCGUGGAAGUGAAGAUUGAGACGACCCAACACGUAAACAAACAAGAAGUUUCUCAGCAGCCGGGGAUAUCAGUGGAGGAGAGACGGCAAGAAAGUGUGCCAGUGCUGCUAACCAUGCACCAGGUCCAUCCACAAGCCCGUCUCAAUCCCCAUGAGGAUUACAAGCUGAAAGACACCAGCCCACGGCUUGGUGAGCGAUGGUGGAUGGGAGGCCGAGGCAGAGGGUGGAUGAGUGGAGACAGAUAUGCCAGCACGUACGACCUUGUCGAACAGAUGUACUACCUAUAUGUAAGGGUGGUCAAGGGGAAAGAUUUCCCCACCGACCCCGUUAGCGUAAGCUGCAACCCGUAUGUGGAGGUGAAGCUGGGGAACUAUAAGGGCACGACGAAGCACUUCGAGAAGAAGACCAAUCCUGAGUGGAACCAGGUGUUUGCAUUCUCAAAAGAGAGGAUUCAGUCGUCGAUGUUGGAGGUUUAUGUCAAGGAAAAGGAGACAGUGGGGAGGGACGACUGGCUCGGGAAGGUAGUGUUCGACCUGAAUGAGGUGCCAACUCGGGUGCCGCCUGACAGCCCGUUGGCGCCUCAGUGGUACAGGUUGGAGGACCGGCGAGGCAAUGGAAAGGGGAGAGGAGAGAUCAUGCUUGCUGUUUGGAUGGGGACGCAGGCCGACGAGGCCUUCCCAGAAGCCUGGCACUCGGAUGCUGCCUCAGUUCAUGGGGAGGGUGUGUUCAACAUCCGAUCAAAGGUCUACGUCUCACCAAAACUCUGGUACCUCAGGGUGAAUGUGAUCGAGGCCCAGGACAUACAGCCAAAUGACAGGAGCCGGCUUCCAGAGGCGUUCGUGAGAGCCCAAGUUGGCAAUCAGGUCCUCAAGACAAAAAUCUGCCCGAGUAGCACCAGAAACCUGCUCUGGAACGAGGACCUGGUUUUCGUAGCAUCUGAGCCCUUUGAAGAGCAGUUGGUUCUUACAAUUGAGGACCGAGUGCAGCAGACAAAAGACGAGGUGAUCGGGAAGAUCACACUGUCACUCAACGAAUUUGAAAGGCGACUGGAUCACAGGCCCGUCCAUUCCCGCUGGUUCAACCUUGAGAAGCACGGGUUCGGUAUCCUGGAAGGUGACAAAAACAAGGAGCUAAAAUUCUCAAGCAGGAUUCACUUAAGAGUGUGCCUUGAGGGAGGUUACCAUGUGCUUGACGAGUCGACCAUGUAUAUAAGUGACCAGCGUCCCACUGCAAGGCAGCUCUGGAAGCAGCCGAUAGGCAUACUGGAAGUGGGAAUUUUGAGUGGGCAAGCGCUGCUGCCCAUGAAAAUGAAGGAUGGAAGAGGCACCACCGAUGCUUACUGUGUUGCUAAGUAUGGACAGAAGUGGGUGCGGACAAGGACCAUAAUCGACAGCUUCAAUCCCAAAUGGAAUGAGCAAUACACAUGGGAGGUUUACGACGCGUGCACGGUAAUCACACUGGGAGUUUUUGAUAACUGUCACUUGGGCGGCAAUGAAAAGCCAGCCAGUGGUGGCCCGGCUAGAGACUCAAGGAUCGGAAAGGUAAGGAUCCGGCUAUCUACCCUGGAAACAGAUCGGAUUUACACACAUUCCUACCCUCUCCUUGUUCUACACCCAUCUGGGGUGAAGAAGAUGGGGGAGCUUCAGCUAGCAAUUCGUUUCACUUGCUUGUCACUGGUUAACAUGAUACAUUUGUACGGUCAUCCACCGCUCCCAAAGAUGCAUUAUCUCCAUCCCUUCACCGUCAAUCAAUUAGACAGCCUGCGAUACCAGGCCAUGAACAUAGUAGCAGUGAGGCUUGGAAGGGCUGAACCGCCGCUUAGGAAGGAGGUUGUGGAGUACAUGCUUGAUGUGGAUUCUCAUAUGUGGAGCAUGAGAAGAAGCAAAGCAAACUUCUUCAGGAUCAUGUCCCUGCUUGCAGGGAUGAUUGCAAUUGGCCGAUGGUUUGGUGAUGUUUGUCACUGGAAGAACCCGAUCACAUCCGUGUUGGUUCACAUCCUGUUCACGAUCCUGAUCUGGUACCCGGAACUUAUACUUCCAACUGUAUUCCUCUACAUGUUCCUCAUUGGAAUAUGGAACUACAGGUUCAGGCCAAGGCACCCACCUCACAUGGACACGAAACUCUCAUGGGCUGAGGCAGUCCACCCAGAUGAGCUGGACGAGGAGUUCGACACAUUCCCAACAUCUAAGACCCAUGACUUGGUUCGAAUGAGGUAUGAUCGGCUAAGGAGCGUGGCGGGCAGGAUACAGACCGUGGUGGGAGACAUGGCGACGCAAGGGGAGAGAUUCCAGUCCCUGCUCAGCUGGAGAGACCCUAGAGCUACUAGUGUCUUCAUAGUCUUCUGCCUGUUUACUGCAGUGGUGCUGUAUGUUACACCCUUCAGGGUGGUGGCUCUGAUUGUUGGCAUAUACAUGCUCCGCCACCCCAGAUUCCGGAGCAAGCUGCCUUCGGUGCCCAGCAAUUUCUUCAAGAGAUUACCAGCUCGCACUGACAGCAUGAUUUGAUGAGAGGAAGAGACAUGAGAGCUGUUGCAGCUUCCAUGGCAGAUAACUAGUUUUGAGUUUCUUGUGAGCAUCUCUUCCUUUGACAGCCGCAGGGAGUACCUUCUUCAGGAUUCAGCUUCCAAGUUCAGAACUAGAAACGAAGGGUGUUUGUGAAGUUGUAAUAAUGUGUUUGGUUAUGGUCUAACAUCUUUGGCUGUUUUCUUCUUCUUCU